CCUUGCUGUCGGUGGUGAACUCCUUCCAUGAGAAGAUCACUGCCCUGGAGGAACAAGCCUCACAUCUCGAGAGCCUGGGCAAUGAUGCCAGCAAGGCCACCAUCAGCAGAUCCAUGACCACGGUGUGGCAGCGUUGGACCCGACUCCGCACUGUCGCCCGGGAGCAGGAAAAGAUGCUGGAAGAAGCUGCAAGAGGCUGGAAAAACCUCACUGACAAGAUCGAGACGACGACCGUGGUAGUGGACCAGUUGCAGGAUCGACUCCCUGACAGCUCGGUUGAAAAGGCCAGGAAGACCGAGCUGCUCGAGCUCCUGGAGUACCAUGAUGCUUUUGCGCAGGAGGUGGAACGGGAGCAGUCCACUUUGACCGUGCUUCGACAACAAGCCUUAAACAUGCUCCGUGAUGUGGCUCUGCCUUCCACCUCUGUCGAGGACCUGCCUGUAAUGCAUGAGAUCAAAGCCAUGCAGGACAGAUACGACAAUGUGCGGCAGAAGAUAAGGAAGAGUAAGAAGAUGGUCCAACAGGAGUUAAAAGAGCGGGAGGAGGUGGAGAGUGAGUUAAAUGCUGUCAAACAGUGGCUUCAUGAAACAAGAGAGUAUCUGCUGAAUCCGACUUCUGAUGCAGUUACGGAGCUCCGAGAGCUAAAGGAACUUCACACGGAAGUAGCUGCUCGACAUCAGACUGUGGCACGACUGGGAGAUCGACAACGCGAUAAAUACUUGGAGCUUUACACCAUUCUGCCCUCUGAGCUCUCAGAGCAGUUGGCUGAGGUCACACUGGCCCUUGGAGCCAUUGAGGAACAGGUGAAUUUGAAAGAAGGAGAAGCUCAGCAGAUGCAGGCGGUGACCCUGGACUUUAACUGCAGGAUGCAGCAGAUCUCUGAUGAAUUGAACGAUAUCUCCAGAAAGCUGAAGGAGAAAGGAACUGAUAUUGUACAAGCCAAGAUUGAGCACAAGAGACUUUGGGACAAGCUGGAUAGCUGUAACGUGAAACUCGUGGAACUGGAUGCAACGAUACAGGAUUUCAUAGAGCAGAACCCUCAACAGAGCAAGUGUCUGACCGAUGACAUGACGAAGCUAUCGAGCCUUUAUCAGCAGGUCUUUAAGGAGACCGAGUACAGAGCUUCCAAACUUAACAAGGCUGCUUCACAGUUGGAGGAAUUCCACGAAAUGCUUGACUUUGUGCUGAAGUGGUUGGAGAAAGCCAAGAAUCUCGGCUACAGUGCCAUCAGCUGGCAAUCUGCAGCUCAGCUCAAUGACCAACUGAUCACCUACCAGGUCACCCUCCGUGAAUCUGAGGAAAUCCAGAGUGAUCUGCAGGCCAUGGGUGAGAAGUUAGACAGUGUCAGUGAUGUGUAUCAGACGGGGGCAAUGUCUCAGCGUGUGACCACCCUCCGCCAGCAGACUGACGAGCUCCAGCAACUAAUGCGAACCUGCCUUCAGAGCCUGCAAGACGCAGCUAAGGAUAUGGAGCAGUUUGAGACGGAGGUGAAGAGCUUGCAGGUGAUGGUGAAGCAAGCCCAAGUCACUUUGACCUCGCCUGAGCUUGCACGCCUGUGCCUGAAGGAGCAACUCUUUCAAAGACAGAGGUUGCUGGCCAACAUGGAGAGCUUCAAGCACAAGGUGCAGGUGGUGCACCGCUAUCAGGCUGCCCUGCGAAUUCCGGAGGAAAUUGUCACCAAUCUGCCCAUCUGUCUAACAGCACUGAGGCUGCAGGAGCAGGCCAGUCGGUUACAGCACACUGCCAUCCAGCAGUGUAACAUACUGCAGGAAGCGGUGAUCCAAUAUGAACAGUGCGAGCAGGAAAUGCGGCAUCUCCAGCAGCUGAUCGAUCGAGCCCAUCGUGAGAUCCAGGAGAAACCUGUAUCUACGAGUAACAUUCAGCAGCUGCAGGCUCAGAUCUCCCGACAUGAGCAGGCGUUCGCCCAGAAGAUUAAGGACUACCAGGAGCAGAUCGCUGCUCUGAAUACCAAGUGCAAGAUGCUGACCAUGAAGGCGAAACAUGCCACCAUGCUGCUGACUGUCACUGAGGUGGAGGGGCUCUCUGAAGGGAUGGAGGAGCUGGAUGGAGAAUCGAUGGCCACGCACUCAGCUCACCCGUCUGUGGUCAUGAUGACAGCUGGGCGCUGUCACACUCUCCUCUCACCUGUCACUGAGGAGUCUGGGGAAGAGGGGACCAACAGUGAGCUUUCCUCUCCGACAGCUUGUCGCUCUCCCUCACCUAAUGCUGAUGUGUCUGGUAACCAGGAUAGUGCUUGUUAUGGGACAUUAGAUGCGGAGGAAUUGCAGACUGCAGCUCCCGAUUCUCAGGAUAUGGUCAGUGCGGCAUCACUGCAGGAACCAUUUGAAACCACCCUGGGAGACUCGACCUCAUCUAAGCUCGAUGACCUGCAGCGCUCCUGGGAAACUCUAAAGAAUGUGAUCAGCGAAAAGCAGCGGACUCUGUAUGAGGCCCUUGAACGACAGCAGAAGUAUCAGGAUUCUGUGCAGUCUGUCUCAGCCAAGAUGGAGUCCAUUGAGGGGAAGCUGGGGGAGGCACUCGAUGCAGGCAAGAGCCACGAUGUCCAGGUGGCCGCUCACCAGGCGCUGAUGGAUGAGAUUGUGACACUCCAGGAUGAGAUCAAUGAACUACAGAUCUGUUUUGCUGAGGAACUAGUGUCUGAUACUGUGGACACAGAUACUUCUGACCAGCUGGCUAUGCAGUCCACACUAAUGGUGCUCGCAGAACGCAUGGCCACCAUCAAGAUGAAAGCAUUGGGAAAGAAACAACUUCUUGAGGAGAGGCUGAAUGAACAGGAAGAGGAACAGCGUCAGGAGCAGGCUCUCCAAAUGUAUCGCAGUGAGGCUGAUGAACUGGACAGUUGGCUUCUAAUUACUAAAGCCAUAAUGGAUGCGACACUGAAAGUUCCCAAGGAACAAAUGGACAUGGAUGAACAGCUCAAUGAUUGUCAGAACAUGUUGGUGGAGAUCGAACAGAAAGUGGCAUCCGUAUCAGAGCUCUCCAUGAACAGUGAGAACCUCCUUCUGGAAGGGAAGCCUCAGACCCGUGAACAGGCAGAGUACCUGAUUGAGAAACUCCGGAAUCUGAAGGGGAGCUUGGUGGAGCUGCAGAAAAUGCUGCAGGACAGAAGUAUAAAACAUGGUGUGGUACAGGAAAAGGAGGAUACAGAAAUAGAUUUGACGUUCCACACCAGCCCCAGUGUCCAGGAGUGGCUGGUACACGCUCGAGCAACUCGCUAUCAGCACCAGCAGAACUGCCUACAGCGACAGAAGGAGUUGGAGCAGCAGCUGGCUGAGCAAAAGAACCUGCUGCGGUCAGUGGCCAGCAGUGGAGAGAAGAUCAUGACCCAGCAGAGCAAUGUGGAGGCAGUCAGUGAAGAGCAGAAAGCACAGGCCAUUGAGACAGCGGAACCUGAAACCUUACCGCCGGAGCUCAGUUUUGAAGGAGAGAAGCAGUACGCCCUUCAGCAACUCAGAGUCAAGUGGCAGAAUCUGCAGAAGGAGAUCAGCAGCAAGCAGAAGCUGUUCAAAGCCGCACUGGAGCAAAACCAGGAGCAAAAGGUUUACGGUCUAUCAGGUGCGGUGUCGACUGGUAUGGUCUUAUUCAAAGAGGAGGCUCAGACAUUGGACAAGUCUGUGCAGACAGCAAAAUCCCUCCUGAAUGGCCUGGCUCAGGCUUUCGGGGAAGUUUCCCCUCAGGGUAAAGAUGCCGAGGAGCAAAGCCUCCCGCUGGAACAAAAGUUUUACGACACAGUUUCAGUUACCUCCCAUUGGCUGGAUGGAGUUGAAGAUCACUUGCUGGUCAGUGAAAGUUUCCUCCCAGAAAAGGUUGAGACACACUUGUAUCACGAAGAGGCUCUUGCGAAAGAUAUUGAGGAAGUGAUUGAAGAAGUCAACGAGAAGAAGGAUGCCUUUUUCCAUAUUCUGCCUGAGCCCCCGAAUCAGGAUGUCAUCGAGGAAACGCUGAGCUGCCUGCAGGAAAGGCUUUGUGCACUGGAGUUAAUGGUGAAGCAGCAGUGUGAGAAAAUCAAAGACCAACUGCAGCAGCUGAUGGAGUACCAGACUGAGCUGAAGCUGCUGAUCACCUCCCUGGCUGAUAGUAAAUUCGUUGUCCUACAAAAACUGGCUGAGGCUUUGGAGCAUACGGUCACAGAGCAACUGCAGGCUAUUUUGCAGGCAGAAGAUGACCUGAGGGAAUUUGAGGCACGUAUUGGUAAUUUGAAAGAGCGAGGAGAGAGGCUGCAGCCAGAUCAGGCUAUACUACUGGACCUCUCUAAAGUACAGGAUAUGUAUGAAGAGUUGACGAUGAUCAUUGGAUCCAGCCGCAGCUCCGUAAACCAGAGCCUGGCCCUGAGGGAGCAGUACGAACAAGCUCUGCAGGAUCUGGCCGAUCUGACUGACACAGGCCAAGAGAAGAUGUCACUGGACAAGAGGAUCCUGGUCACGUCCAAGGAAGAUGUCAAGAAUCUUCUGAAUAAGCACAAGGAAUUUUUCCAAGGCCUGGAAUCUCACAAAAUCCUCACGGAAACGCUUUGUAAAAAAGUAAGUUCCUGUAUCCAGAAGAAAGAAAGCAGCUCCCAGCAGGAACUGAUGAGCAAGUCCUCAGCUUUACUGCAGGAGGCUCACAGGAGAGGUGUGGAAUUAGAAAGCAUUUUUGAGACCUGGACUAACCUGGCGAGGGAUUACGAGGCCCUGUACAGACAGCUGGAAGGGGUGGAGAGCAGCAUUCCCGGUGCUGGUCUGGUGGAGGAAUCUGAAGAACGGCUCACCGAACGGAUUGCUCUCUAUCAGAGGUUAAAGAGCAGCUUGACUGAGCAUCAGCCGCAGUUGUACCAAGUGCUGGAAGAUGGGAAGAAGCUUUUGGCGUGCAUUAAUUGUGCAGACCUGGAGGCUCAGAUAGCCCAGCUGGGGGAGCACUGGCUAUCCAGUACUACAAGAGUGAGCAAGGAGUUACAUCGACUCGAAACUGUCCUGAAACACUGGAACAGGUACCAGGUUGAGUAUGCAGAGCUAAAUCAAUGGCUCCAGUCUGCAGUGGAGCACCUGGAGUUCUGGAAGCUACAGUCAGUGACUCUCCCACAGGAGCUGGACACUGUCAGGGACCACCUUAGCUCGUUUCUGGAAUUUUCCAAGGAGGUUGACACUAAGUCCUCUCUCAAAUCGUCGGUGUUGAGUCGGGGAAAUCAGCUCCUGCGGCUCAAGAAGGUAGACACAGCUGCCUUGCGAUCUGGGCUGGCCCAGAUGGACAACCAGUGGACAGAGCUCCUCACUCAAAUCCCCUUGGUCCAAGAGAAGCUGCACCAGCUUCAAAUGGAGAAAUUGCCUUCACGUACAGCCAUCAAUGAGCUUAUGAACUGGAUCUCACUCACCGAUCAAAUCCUUGAAGAGGAUGAUGAGAAAAUCAAAAGUGCUGUGGGUUCACAGGUGAUAGAACAAUACCUCAAGAAGUACAAGGCUUUCAAGAUUGACUUGGCAUGUAAGCAGCUGACGGUGGACUUUGUGAACCAGUCAGUGUUACAGAUCAGUAGUCAUGAUGUGGAGAGCAAGCGCAGUGACAAAACUGAUUUUGCUGAACGCCUUGGAGUAAUGAACAGGAGAUGGCAACUGUUGCAAGGACAUAUCACUGAGCAGAUUGGGUCGUUGGAAGGCUCAGUAGAAUCGUGGACGGAAUAUGAGAAUAAUGUCCAGUGCUUGAAAGACUGGUUUGAAUCUCAGGAAGACAAACUGAAGAAGUGGCACUCGAUCAGUGACCUAGCCUCUGUCCAUUCUGCAUUGAAGGAUUGCCAGGAGCUAGAAGAUGUUAUCCGAGUGAAAGAGAAGGAAGUGGAGAAAGUCGAAAAAAGUGGCCUGCUGCUGAUACAGAACAAGAAAGAAGAGGCUUCCAACAGUGUUAUGGAAACAGUCCGAGAACUUAAUCAUUCCUGGGCUCAUCUAGACCACUUGCUUGGCCAACUGAAGAUUACUCUGCAGUCAUUGCUGGACCAGUGGAAUAUUUACAAGGCAGCUCAUGAGGAGAUCAAUGGCCACUUGAUGGAUGCCAGGUACUCCCUUUCGCGUUUCCGUUUGCUGACUGGCUCUCUGGAAGCUGUGAAAAUCCAGGUGGACAACUUGCAGAACCUUCAAGAGGAACUGGAGAAGUCGGAGUGCAGCCUGCAGAAGUUUGACUCUGUGUGUAAUCAACUCCUCAAGGAAUGUCAUCCACCAGAUAAUAGCUCAUUGACAGCUAAUCUCAAUGAGGUUAAUACAGGCUGGAAUAAUUUGCUUCAAGAUAUCGGGGAGCAGCUUCACUCAAGCAAGAUUCUACUUCAGCUCUGGCAGAAGUACAGGGAUUACUCAGGCCAGUGCUCAGUUACAGUGCGACAGCAGGAGGACAAAAGCAACGAGCUGAUUAAGAAAGCUGUGAACAGAGAUAUUGCUGAGGAGGAGGUUACACAUUGGAUUCAGGACUGUGAUGUGCUGUUAGAAGAGUUGGGAAAACUGCGGGAUUCUCUUCACGCCCUCUCUGACCUUGGAGAAGAACUGAGGGGGAAGGUGGACCCUUCAGCUGCGGCUGCUAUUCAGUCUGACCAGCUUUCCCUCAGCCAGCGGUUGUUUUCUCUGGAACAGGCUCUCAGCAGGCAGCGGAGUGUGCUACAGGCUGGCAUUCACGAUUACGAGGUGUUCAGCAAGAGGCUGGCAGCCCUGGAGAAGUGGAUUGUGGAGGCUGAUGACGUUCUCAAAUCGCAGGACCCCAACCGAUCGUCUGAUCUGACUAUAAUCCAGGAUAGAAUGGAGGAGCUCAAAGUCCAAAUGCUGAGGUUUAGCAGUACCAUCCCUGACUUGGAUCGCCUGAAUGAAUUGGGAUACAGGUUACCCCUGAAUGAUAAGGAGAUCAAAUGCAUGCAGACAUUGAACAGACACUGGUCCUCGAUUUCUGCUCAGACCACUGAGAGGUUUAGCAAACUGCAAGCAUUCCUGCUUCAGCAUCAGACGUUCUUGGAGAAGUGUGAAACCUGGAUGGAGUUCUUGGUCCAAACUGAGCAAACGCUGGCGGUGGAGAUAUCCGGAAACUACCAAAGCCUCCUGGAGCAGCAGAGGGCCCACGAGUUGUUCCAGACAGAGAUGUUCAGCCGUCAGCAGAUCCUGCACUCCAUCAUCAGUGACGGACAGCGCCUCCUGGAGCAAGGCCAGGUUGAUGACAGGGAUGAGUUUAACUCGAAGUUGGCCAUGCUGAGUAACCAGUGGCAGGGGGUGAUUCGGCGGGCACAGCAGCGGAGAGGCAUUAUUGACAGUCAGAUCCGGCAGUGGCAGCGUUACCGGGAGCUGGCGGAGAAGCUGAGGAAGUGGCUGUUGGAUAUAUCCCAGCAGCUGGGGCAGAGGUGGGGCAGUGCAGCACCCAUUGCCCUACAGCAGGCCCGAAGCCUGUUGGAUGAGGUGCAGUUGAAGGAGAAGGUGCUGCAGCGUCAGCAGGGGAGUUAUAUCCUAACGGUGGAGGCUGGGAAACAGCUCCUGCUGUCUGCUGACAGUGAGGCCGAGGCUACCCUGCAGACUGAGCUCACUGACAUGCAGGACCAAUGGCGGGCGGCCAAUAUUCAUCUGGAGGAACAGCGAAAGCAACUGAACCUGCUGCUGAAGGACUGGGAGCAGUGUGAGAAAGGAAUCGCAGAUUCUCUGGCCAAGCUGAGGUCUUUCAAGAGAAAGCUUUCGCAGCCCCUCCCUGAUCAUCACGAUGAGCUACACACGGAGCAGAUCCGAUGCAUGGAACUGGAAAGCUCUUUUGCAGGGUGGACCGAUGACCUUGCCCACCUCUCCUUCCUGAAGGAAACCUUAUCCAGCUACAUUCGCGCCGAUGAUAUCUCACUGCUGCAAGAGCGGAUUGAGCUGCUGCACAGGCAGUGGGAUGAGCUAUGUUAUCAGGUAACAUUACGCAGACAGCUGGUCACAGAGAAGUUGAAUGAGUGGGUGCUAUUCAACGAGAAGAACAAGGAGCUGUGUGAGUGGCUGACCUUGAUGGAAAGCAAAGUGUCACAGAACGGAGACAUCAGCAUCGAGGAGAUGAUUGAGAAACUGAACAAGGACUAUCAGGAGGAGAUUGCUGCAACAAGUGAGAACAAAAUGCAGCUGCAACAAAUGGGCCAGAGACUGAUCCGGGCAAGUCACGAGAGUAAAGCUUCUGAGAUCGAAUACAAACUGGGCAAGGUUGAUGAUCGCUGGCAGCAUCUGCUGGACCUGAUUGGCGCCAGAGUGAAGAAGCUGAAGGAGACGCUGGUCGCUGUCCAGCAACUGGACAAGAACAUGAGCAGCCUGCGAACGUGGCUUGCCCAGAUUGAAACUGAGCUGUCAAAACCCAUCGUCUAUGAUUCCUGUGAUUCCCAGGAGAUACAGCAUAAGCUUGCAGAGCAACAGGAGUUGCAGCGGGACAUUGAGAAGCACAGUACAGGCGUGGCUUCAGUCCUCAACCUCUGUGAGGUGCUGCUGCACGAUUGCGAUGCCUGUGCUACAGAAACGGAGUGUGACUCCAUCCAGCAGGCAACCCGGAACCUGGACCGCAGGUGGAGGAAUAUCUGCGCUAUGUCCAUGGAGAGGAGGCUCAAGAUUGAGGAGACCUGGCGAUUGUGGCAGAAGUUUCUGGAUGAUUAUUCUCGCUUCGAAGACUGGCUUCAAACAUCAGAGCAGACGGCGGCAAUGCCUAAUUCCUCUGAGGUUUUAUACACGGUUGCCAAGGAGGAGCUGAAGAAGUUCGAGGCAUUUCAACGGCAGGUCCACGAGAGCCUGACACAGUUAGAGCUGAUCAACAAGCAGUAUCGGAGGUUGGCUCGUGAAAACCGCACGGAUUCUGGCAGUAAGCUCAAAGACAUGGUCCACGAGGGGAACCAACGUUGGGACAACCUGCAACGGAGGGUCACAGCCAUCCUCAGGAGACUGAAACACUUUAUUGGUCAGCGAGAGGAGUUUGAAACCACACGUGAGAGUUUCUUGGUCUGGUUGACGGAGAUGGACCUGCAGCUGACCAACAUCGAGCACUUCUCCGAAUGUGACGUUCAGGCCAAAAUCAAACAACUAAAGGCCUUCCAGCAGGAGAUAGAUCUCAACAUGAACCGAAUCGACCAGCUCUUUGUUCACGGAGAGUGGCUCAUUAAGAAGAGUGAGCCAGUGGACGCUGCAAUCAUCGAGGAAGAACUGGAGGAACUUCACCGGUACUACCAGGAGGUCUUCGGACGAGUGGACCGAUACUAUAAGAAGCUAAUGCAGCUUCCGCUGACUGACGAUGAGCAUGAGGUGUCUGACCGGGAAGCAGAAAUAGAUGACAACAGUGAAUUCUCCAGCAUGCAGUGGCUGGAUAGAGCUGCAGACAGUGUGGGAACCCCACUGCUGGCCCUGAGCCGGGGCACCGGUCUCCCACAGCCCAAGGACACUCGAUCAGGGCGGGAUACCCCAGCCAGCGUCGACUCCAUCCCCCUGGAGUGGGACCAUGAUUACGACCUGAGUCGGAACUUGGAGAGCGCAGUGUCACGUGCACUGGAGGGUGCGGAGGAUGGCACUGCGGACGAAGACAGCGAUUUCUACCUCAAAGGAGCGGCUGAAAUCACAGAUGUAGUCAUCCCCGAAAGCCCCGAGGCCUACCUAAAACUGACAGAAAGUGCUUUGAGAUCCACUGGAGAGCCCGGCCACUUGGAGAAGCAAAUCCGCCAGCUGGACAAAGCCCUAGACAGCAGCCGCUACCAUCUGCAGCAGACGGAAAACGCCAUCCGCAGCAAGACUCCCACAGGCCCCGAGUUGGACUCCAGCUACUGGGGCUAUAUGAAGCUGCUGUCGGAAUGCCGUGGUAGUAUUGAGACUGUGAAAAGGGUGGGACAUAAACUCAAAGAGGAGGAAGACAAGCUCUCUGGCUUAAUUAACCUGACGAGCACAGAGUCACAGACUUCAGGUGUGAUUGAACGCUGGGAGCUGAUCCAAGCCCAGGCCCUUAACAAGGAGCUGAGAAUGAAACAGAACCUUCAACAUUGGCAGCAGUUCAACUGUGACCUGGACAGCAUUUGGGAGUGGCUGAGUGAGACUGAGGAAGAGCUGGAGCAUCUCAGCAAAUUGGACGUCAGCACGGACAUCCAGACCAUCGAACUGCGUAUUAAAAAGCUCAAAGAAUUACAAAAGGCAGUUGACAACCGCAAAGCGAUCAUCUUGUCCAUAAACCUGUGCAGCGCUGAGUUCACCCAGUCAGACACGAGUGAUGCGCUAGAACUCUGUGAACGAUUGAGUCAGAUGAACAAGCGGUGGGACCAGGUUGGCAGCCUGCUGGAGGCUUGGCGUCACACUCUACAGGAUGCCCUCAUGCAGUGCCAUGAUUUCCAUGAGAUGAGCCACGGCCUCCUGCUCUGGCUGGAGAACAUAGACAGAAGGAGGAAUGAAAUUCUCCCCCUUGACCCCAACCUGGACUCGGACACACUGCAGGACCAUCACAAGACGUUGUUGCAAAUCCGACGCGAACUGUUGGAGUCCCAGCUGAAAGUCGCAUCAUUGCAGGACAUGUCCAGCCAGCUGCUGGUCAAUGCAGAGGGGAGCGAUUGUCUUGAAGCAAAGGAGAAGGUUCAUGUCAUUGGCAAUCGCCUCAAGCUUCUCUUGAAAGAGGUCACCCAAGAUCUAAAGGAGCUGGAGAGAAUCUUAGACAACUGCAGCAGUCAAGUGGACCUGGUGUCGUGGUCUUCAGCUGACAACUUGGAUUCCUCAGGCUCCGUCAGCCCUGUGUGUAGCAGAAAUCUGCCCGUUCGACCCAGACUGCCACGGGGCAAAUGUAGCCUCUCCCAGCCUGGAGCCUCUGUCAGCAGCCCACACAGCAGGCUCCACAAAGAAAGCCGAAGCGAUUCUUCCCGUUCUAAGGAGUCGGAAGCGCAGAAGAGGCCGUCCUUUCUCCUGCGAGUGCUUCGAGCAGCGUUACCCUUGCAGUUAUUGUUGCUGCUGCUGAUCGCUCUGGCCUGCCUGGUGCCAAUGACUGAGGAAGACUAUAGCUGUGCUACAUCCAACAACUUUGCCCGAUCCUUCCACCCCAUGCUGAGGUACACCAAUGGCCCCCCUCCAAUAUGACCAAUGGGAGAGAGAGUUGAGGAAUGGUACCAUCUCCAGAAGCAGUUCCUCAUCGGAAGGGGGAAAGGCAGGCUUGGCUCCUUUAGGGCUCUCCACACCAUUGGCUGCUCUGUACGAUGUCCUUCGAAACCACUCAGGUCAAACUGAAGCCACAAGACGGGCGUGAAAGUAGCCAGUCCACACUCCCAGAUCCAGGAUUCAAAGAGAAACAUGUAAAAUACAAAUUUAAAUAACUUUUUAAUGAGCAGUUAUUUUCUACAGUGUUCGCUUUAGGCAUGGCCUUGUAUAGUUUGAGCUUUCAAAAUUAACUCUCUGAAUGUGUGAACGAUGUAAAUCUGGAAGGGAGUCUGAGCAGGAUAGUAUUGAGAUGUAAGUAAAAUUUCAGGCAAUGUUGAUGAGACAAUUAUUGGAUGUAAACAAAAAUUGAACAGAUUAUUUGUGUACAGAUUGUCAAAGCUAUUUUAUGUUUUAAUAUUACCCCUUGCAUUUAUUACCUGUGCUGAUCAUUUUUACGUUGUGAGCUGCUUUUCAGAAACAUGCACGGAAUAAAUACUUCCCUUUCUCAAUUUUCCUUUGUGGGAGGAGGCAUGGAUGUGUACAUAAGAUAUAAAUAUAAAUCCUCCUACAACCUGAAAACCUCUUGCUUUACGCAAUGGGUGGGGCACAUGUUUGUAGCAAUUCCAAAGUGAAUCAGGUGAUGAGAUUUGAAACAAGGGAGGCCUCUUGAACAGUGUCACUCCUGUUUGACUGCUGUGAUUGUCUAAUUGUGGCAUGUUCCGACCAUGGUCAAACCGUAGCGCUUUUUUUUCUAUUCAAAAGCAGCCUUGUGUGUCUACAAUUAAUAAUAUGAAAGCUGGUUCUUUUUGGUAUACAGCAGAAAGCUGGGUCGCUCAUUAAAGGGCCUUCUUCUUU